AUGCCUGUAACCGAAAGACCGAAAACAUCCGACCUCAAGGUCAAUUUCGGUCCAGCUGAAGCACUAGUGAUCAAGUCCUUAAGUGGAUCACUAGGUGCUAAGGGGAAGAAAGGUGCCUGCGACCCAUUUGACAAACAACCAUCAGACGACACCACUGAUGAAAGUAGUAUCAUCAGCACGGACACUCCUGAGAUGGAUGAGCUCAAGCCACUUAAAUCCAUCAUCAACUCAGACUCCUCAGUUCCAACUCCCUUAAGAAGUUUUGACAUUUUAAGCUUCAACAAUAGCAGGUACGAAACCCCCCGGUUCUUCAACGACUACUUGAGUCCCAACAGUAAGUUCUCAGGGAUGCAACAAAGUUCAAAGAACAAGCACAAAAUUGAAGUGGAGUUCAAGCAUGUGGACUUGACGAACUCAUUGGUGGUCGGGUUUCUCAAAAUCCAAGGAUUAAGCGACGAGCACCCUGAGAUAACCACUUGUUUCAAAGGAGAAAUCAUCAAUAACCCGUUGAAAACCCGGUAUGACAAACUGUUGGCAAAGAAUUAUUCAUUCCUCACCGAAAACAGUCAGUGGGGAUCCUCCUUCACUAAUGACUUGGAUCACUGGAAGCGACUCUCCAACUACUACAAUCUCACAGACGAUGAGUUUUCUAAAAAGCUUUUUUUUAAUCAAUGA